GUCCUAUUCGCUGGUCCGCGUCGCGACAAAUCCCAUCCAGCUGAUCACUUUUCGCGGAAGGAGCAUGUAAACAGCUGAUCAACAAUGAAGAGUUCGGCGGUCGCUUUACUUCUCGCUGUUUUCAUCUUCAAUUUCUUCCAAACUUUUGAAUGCGCCGUGGCUCGCAGGGAUGUCCCUGACCUGGAUGAGGACGAGGAUCUAGACGAGGACAUGGAGGAUGACGGCAGAGUGUACAAGAACCCCAGGAACUCUCCGUCCGCAGCCUGUCCUAGAGAUGAAGAACAUGCUACCUUUCUGGGCCAGAAAUGCCUCCGCAAAUGUUCCUCGGACGAGGACUGUAAGAGCAAGAAGAAGAAAUGUUUGUGCGACGGAGCUUGUGGCAUGUCUUGCAUCAAACCUGAGAGGGAGUGCGAGGACCUGCGUAGUCCGGCGCUCGGCUCUGUCACCCUCUCAGGACGUUUGUUCAAUGACCGAGCCACCUACAGCUGCGAGCUCGGCUACCACGUCGUCGGUCUCCGUGAGAGGACCUGCCAGGCAGACGGCAACUGGAGUGGCCAGCCACCUGUCUGCAAACAGAACGUUUAUUGCAAGACGCCACCCCACAUAGAGCAUGCACGCCACAACGCACUGCCAGAGCAGACGACGUUUGACUUGGACGCUACCAUCCAGUACCAGUGUCUCACUGGCUAUGUCACCAACGGCUUCCCUCGUGCCAAGUGUCUGGCCAUUGACAACGCAGCCUCCUGGUUUGGCCCUGACAUCUCUUGUGAACCUCGUUCGUGUGGAGCACCGCAAGACACAGCGCACGGCUGGCAUGCUGGAGAGUGCUACACUUACGGCUGCCGAGUCAUUUACCACUGCGCCGACGGGUUUGAGCUGGUCGGCCGCAAUGAGCGGACGUGUCAGUCCGACGGCACCUGGCUACCUAAGGAGUUACCAGCCUGCGUGCUGGUUACAGCUGUUCAGUGCCCUCCCCCCGAGCAUCCGCCCCACGGCAAAGCCAUAUUUACAUCAUGUUCGUACAACUCUGUAGUGAGCUAUGAGUGUAACUACGGCUACACGCUGGCGGGGGAGACAACCCGACGGUGUGGAGCGGAUAAAAAGUGGUCGGGCACUAUGCCUAAGUGCCAAGAAAUUAACUGCGGUCAUCCAGGCCUGCUGUACAACGGAUGGUUGGAAAAUAUAGAGUCUGGUACCGGUCUGGGGGCGAGCAUCAUAUUCCGUUGCCGAGAGGGGAUGAAACUGGAAGGCAACACGUCGAGCGUGUGCCAGAGUGACGGACGGUGGCGGUACCCGCUGCCUCAAUGUUUGGCGCCGUGUGUCGUGCCCACGGUUCAGCAAGGCAGGGUCAUAGUGUCCAAUACUUCUCGCCCCAACAUGACUCUGGCGUCCGGCGACCCUCUCAUGGUGAGCCACGGAGAACACCUCAGCCUGGAGUGCGAGCCGCGCUACGAGCCGACUCUGAACAACACUCCCAUCACCUGCCACAACGGCACAUGGAGCCACAUACCACGCUGCGUUCCUGCCCGUUGCAAGUACAUUGCCAAGUCACCCCGCAACGGGAUGGUGAUUGCACCCAAGACUGAGCACGGUAUGAAGGCCAAGUAUAAAUGCAAGGAUGGAUAUACGCUCAGGGGAGAACCGACGACCACGUGUCUCUUUGGCAACUGGACCGGAGAACCACCUUACUGCCAGGAAGUAUACUGCCCAUUCCCUGGUUACGUAGAGAAUGGGAAGGUACUUCUGGUCGGCAACAUGGGGCUGUAUGACUACCGACCGUACGUUCGUAAAGUGACCAAUAACAAGCAGAUCAUGUACGACUGCAACAGAGGCUACGUUCUAGCAGAUGGACCUCCAGGUGCCACAUGCAUUGGUGGGAGGUGGAGCCCUAAACAGCUGCCUAGAUGUGUGCCAGGCCAACACCCUCGACUCAGGUGGAGUCGUUCAGUCCGCAGCAAACGGCAAGCUUUGCUGCGGCACUGGUUACGGCUGCGACGUAUUAAGCGGUAUGCAAAGACCGCAGAGGCUAGACAGCGCAUCAAGCGGUACGCAGGGACAGGACUGGUGAGAGUGCGUCGGGCCAUGCCAGGAGGACAAAGCACCACGGUGAUGAGGAAAACCGCUGCUCCCAGCCCAAAGAAAGACGAACAUGGAGCUACCGGAGGUGGCAGAGGUAGAGGCGGCUCAGGAAUGGCUGCCAAGGCUGGAGAUGACCUGUCGGAUCCGGAUGUGGACGAAGAGGAAAAGCCCAAAGAAGGAGGUCCACCCGGGGAAACACGCAAGAAGGGAAAGUCAAGCAAAGGGAAGAAGAAAACCGGACCUAGGAAAAUUGGUAAGCCCUGUGAACCGAUCGCUCAAGAGAUCUACACUAAGUUAGAUAUUGUGAAGUCCGGACGAGACCCAAACAUUACGUACUCCCAUGGCGUGGUCGUGAAGGUCACUUGUCAUCAAGGGUACGGCGUCAACAUUGGGGACAAUGGAACGGCUCGGUGUGCAAAGGGGAAGUGGAAACCUGACAAGCCAUUCUGCAGAAUAUUGCCGUGUUUUGUUCCUCACAGUGAGCAUGGUAUCUUUACACGGUCUACAGUAGAGAAUGGCCGUACAGCUGGUAUGGUGCUCAAUGAGACUACAGAAAUUAGUCAUAAUGAGGUGGUGGAGUUUUCUUGUACGGCUGGCUACAAUGUCCAGGGCCCUGGUAACCUCAAGUGUUGGCAUGGCCAGUGGGCAGUCUCAGCCCUCCCCGACUGCACCCCAGCGCCGUGUGAGUUACCACACAUAUCACAUGGCCAGUACCUGCUGGGCUACCGCGCAGGUCUGACCAUUGGUAACGGCUCCAGUGUCAUGUUCCAAUGUGAUGUGGAGUACAAACCAAGCACAGUGGCUCCAGUGGAGUGUGUCCUUGGCGAACUGAGGCCUCACACACCUUCCUGUAGGAAAGAUGGUGGGGACUACAUUAUUGGUGGAGAUAUCAUGAAGCCCGGAGGUGAUACAAUAGACUACUUGUCGGGGCUACGGGGCUCGUGUGGCCCCCCAGCCAGGGUCCAGGGCUCGCUCAUCUUCAAGAACGGGGAACCACUUACUGAGUCAGAAAGAAGUUUCCCUGACGGUACCGAAGUGACGUUCAACUGCAUAGCUAGUAUAAUGGGUGAAAAGGUAUCUUGGAGAAUAGUGUGUGAGGACGGAAGUUGGCUUGGCAGAUCUUUGAGUUGUGAUAUAGAGGACCCACAAGACUCGAGUGCAGUCAAGGAUAACACAACUUGUAUAUUCCGCAACACAGAGCCCAAUGUUGUAACCUUCUACAGGGAUCAACCCAUCAAAGAAGAUGUUGUAGAAUUUCCUUCUGGCACUGUUCUGCUGUUCAGGUGUGCGGACAUUGGCAAGUAUGCAAUGAUCGGCUCCAAACGAAGAAGAUGUUCUCAGGGUGAAUGGGAUGGACAGAGGCCUGUGUGCUUUGGGUUGAACCAAGAAAACGAUUACGCUUUGGAAAAACCACCGACAAUUCUGUUUCGGCAUCAGCUGGGCCCCAUCGCCCAGAGUAACGAGGGGACGCUGAUCGUCUACCCGGGUAGCAUCUUGCACAUGGAGUGCCUCUGGAUAAGGAGGUUUGGAACUCCCAAGUGGGUGGUCAGCCAUAACUACAGGAAGUACCCAGAGGGUUGGAGUAGUGACCCCGGGCGAGAUUCACAGUUGGAGUAUCGUCUCAGCAUCUUCCACGCAAGUCGGGACGACUCCGGCACUUUCACCUGCAUCACACCCACGCGACACACACACAGCGUGGAGAUAGAUGUGAAAGCUGUCCAUUGCUCAGAGCUGCCUCCGCGCCGAGGUCUUAAGCUGAGCACACAGAACACUAAGAUGAACACACACGUGCUGCUGUCUUGCGCCAACGGUAACUCUCUAAUCGGUGCGCCAGAGAUCAUCUGUCUGCCCUCUGGAAACUGGAGUGCACAGGCUCCUGUAUGCGAGAGUAUGGAGUGCCCUGACCUGGGUAACCUGUCAGACCCCAACCUGAGGGCCACCAUACUGAGUAGAGAGGUCGGAGGUCAAGUUAUGUUUAGCUGUACACAAGGGUUUGGUCUCAUUGGCCCGGCACACUCAACAUGUCUGCCUAGUGGGGAGUGGGCAGCACCUUUACCUAGCUGCAAAGAGGUGCAGUGUGACAAGCCCAACGUCCCAGAGAAUGGCUACAUCCAAGGCCAGGGGGUGUACAAGGCAGGGGACCUCGUACAGUUCAAUUGUAACCCAGACCACAUGAUGGAGGGUCAGCCUAUCAUCGCGUGCCAGGAGAACGGCCGAUGGUCAGGGGUCGUGCCUAGGUGUGUACAAGCUUGUGCCUACCCGGGUACAGCAAUCAGUGGUCGCAUGUCCUCAGUCAAGUUCUACUACCAGAUCAAUGAAACAGUGACGUUCACUUGCGAUGACGGUCUCGUGAUGCAAGGAGCCGCCAUGCUGCGUUGCCAACACAACGGCAAGUGGUCCAAUGCUGUCCCUACGUGUGUUGCGCCUGGUGCUGCGGUGGCAAAUAGUAACUAAGCCGUGUCUUUGCUAACCAUCGCAUUUCGUUGAAUAAAGUGAAUGUUUGAAUGUUGAAUAGGCUAGGUAUGUAAUUAACAAUAUGGAUGGUAAUUUAAAAAAUGAAAUCAUAGCUCAGUUAACAUUAAGUUGUUUAAGCUGAAAGAUAGCUUUUUAAAUGCAUAGGUUAUUUGAGGUUUUAAUUUGAAAAGUGCAAAUUAUUGUGCAGUGAUAUUUUAUGUAUAUUUGUAGAGCAAUUUAGAAAAAUUGUUACAUUAAUUUUGAAACUUUUUGCAUGUUUAAAGUACUGUAAUCUAUUAAAGUAGUAGAAUCAGGUUUUUUGAAAAAAAAAACUAAUCAAAAUUCUAUAAAUUCAACAUUGCAGUUUUACUAAACAACGCACAACUUAUGCCAACCAACCUACGUAAGCUUAAUAGAACAUUACUCAUGUAUUACAGUUAGCAAUUUUACAAAUAUAAUAAGAAUAUGUAAAUUUUUUGCUUGCAUUCAAAAUUGCUAACACCAAAUAAAACAAGUAGUGAUUUAGAAAGAAAAAAUUGAAAAUGUGCUUAGUUGAAGAUUUUAUAAAUGGUAAAAAUAUAGUGAUUGAUUAUUUCCAUUACGAUGUAUAAUUGCUUUUUAUUCUUUACUGAGAAUGUUUUUAAUCAGUCGAUAACAAUUGUUACUAUUUACUUUUUGGCAUGCAAAAUUUCAUUGAAAACAUUAUUGGAGGUUUUUUUAAGAAUAUGUAAAAUGUUUAAAUAUUUUUCUUUGUGGCUUAGAUGAUACAUAACACCCACACAGCUUCGGGUUCAGGUUAUUACUAUUAAAACGUAGCUCAAGGCAUUAUUACAUUUUAAUUUUUAGUUAUAAGUUUUUCGGCGUUCUUAGAUUUUAAAUACACGUUUUAUGGCGUUUUGAAACUGUGUAAUACAAGUUAUUGAUAUAUUGUUAAUUAUCCUGUAUUUUAGAUGAGCAAACAGAAUUAUGUAAGAAUGAAACUUUAAAAAGUACAAAUUCUUAAGUAGAAUGGUUAGUAUUGCUAAUCAGAUUGGCCAAAGUAUAUCUCAAUUGUUGUAAUUAUAAAAACUAAUUUAACAAAGACAAAUAUUAUUUUUUAAGUAGAGUUGUUUAAAGUCAUGUAACUUUGUACAGUAAAAUUCCUCUUUAUAGUCAUGUUAGGUAAGUUUAAAUUCUUUUCACAAGAUUUUUAAUGAGAAAAGUGUUGUUAAACUGAUUUGUGGCAUUAUAAAUAGUUAACAAAAUUGUAUGACGUGUACUUACAGCUUGAGAAGAAGUGUAAGUAAGAUGAACUAAAAUUAAUUGAGUAAUUAAGCUCCACUAGUGCAUCCUGGGAAUGUUAGGUUAGUUUUUUGCACUCCUCAAAUCUGAAGAAUUGGUGCUUAUAUGUUAGCUUUUCCACAAGAUCCACUUCAAUCUCAAGCUGUAUUUACUUCACACAGUACAUACAGUAAUUUGUUUUACUUCUUUCUCUUUAUUAGUGUAUGUGCGUAACAGCUUUGUAAUGUAAUUUUUUCCUAGGAAGAAAGUUCCCCGCUUUUUAAACAUUUUCUGCAUGUAAAAAUGUAACAUUAAUGUUAAUACAUAUCUUGAGAAACUAUAAAAGAAAUGUUCAAAAUAAAUCUUACUUCUAUGUGUACUUAGGUGGUCAAAACUAUUGUAUCUACUUCUUUUUUAUGUGUUAUACUUUAAGGAAUCGUAAAAUGUAUAUAACGUGUCUAGUCAUAAUUUACAAAACAAAGAUUGUAUUUUUUUCAGUGAUAUUUUUAAGAGACUUGUAGAUAUGUAUUUUAUUUAGUGUUAGAAUAUGUAAAUUAAACUAUGUUCAAUUAUUA